UACACAGUCUGGGCGGGCCGGUACAUAACCCGGAUGUGCUAGGCCAUGUGCAGUUCUGUCUCCGUUACUCCACACGACUGUUCUCUCCUCCAGUUGUUAUAUCAUUCCGUCUUGCGGAGCGGCUAGCAGCAAGCCUUUACCUCAAGUCACAGUCAUGUUUCGUUUAGCCACAGUCAUGAGGCAGGUGAGGCCUGUGAGCCGGGCGCUGGCUCCCCACCUCACACGAGCCUACGCCAAGGAUGUGAAGUUUGGGGCUGACGCGUGGCUGUCCCUCAUGCUACACUGAGCCCAGGAGUGGACCUGCUGGCUGAUGCAUGUGGCUGUCACCAGUCUGGGACCCUUAGAAAAGGGUCGCACUGUCAUCAUCGAGCAGAGCUGGGGCAGUCCAAAGGUCACCAAGGAUGGCGUGACGGUGGCAAAGAGCAUUGAUCUGAAGGACAAGUACAAGAACAUUGGUGCCAAGCUGGUGCAGGAUGUGGCCAACAACACCAACGAGGAGGCCGGCGACGGCACGACCACCGCCACUGUACUGGCUCGCGCCAUCGCCAAGGAAGGUUUCGACAACAUCAGCAAAGGUGCGAAUCCCGUGGAGAUUCGCCGAGGUGUCAUGAUGGCUGUAGAAACCAUCAUCAACGAGCUGAAGAACCUUUCAAAGCCCGUCACAACCCCCGAGGAGAUCGCACAGGUUGCUACAAUCUCAGCCAAUGGAGAUAUGGAGAUUGGCAACAUCAUUUCUAAUGCCAUGAAGAAAGUUGGCCGCAAGGGAGUCAUCACCGUUAAGGAUGGGAAGACUCUGCAUGAUGAGCUGGAGAUCAUUGAGGGUAUGAAGUUUGACCGCGGUUACAUCUCACCUUACUUCAUCAACACUGCCAAAGGCCAGAAGUGCGAGUUCCAGGAUGCCUACCUGCUGCUGAGUGAGAAGAAGAUCUCCAGUGUCCAGAGCAUUGUGCCAGCUCUGGAAAUUGCCAACCAGCACCGUAAACCUCUGGUUAUUGUGGCAGAGGACGUGGAUGGAGAAGCUUUGAGCACCUUGGUUCUCAACAGGCUGAAGGUUGGGCUUCAGGUGGUAGCAGUUAAAGCCCCAGGCUUUGGCGACAACAGGAAGAACCAGCUGAAGGAUAUGGCCAUCGCCACCGGGGGGACUGUGUUUGGGGAUGAGGCUCUGGGCCUGGCUCUUGAGGACAUCCAGGCUCAUGACUUCGGCAAGGUCGGCGAGGUGCAGAUCACUAAAGACGACACCCUGCUGCUGAGGGGAGGAGGCAGCUCUGCUGAGAUUGAGAAACGCGCAGCAGAGAUCGCAGAGCAGCUGGAGAAUACCACCAGUGACUACGAGAAGGAGAAGCUCAAUGAGAGGCUGGCAAAGCUUUCGGAUGGAGUCGCCAUGCUCAAGGUGGGAGGAACAAGUGAUGUGGAGGUGAAUGAGAAGAAGGACCGCGUGACAGACGCUCUGAAUGCCACCAGGGCAGCUGUUGAGGAGGGCAUUGUUCCUGGAGGAGGUUGUGCCCUGCUGCGCUGCAUCCCCGCCCUCGACGCCCUCAAACCUGCCAACUCUGACCAGAAGAUCGGUGUGGACAUCAUCAGACGGGCGCUCCGUAUUCCUGCCAUGACCAUCGCCAAAAACGCAGGUGUGGAGGGUUCACUCGUAGUGGAAAAGAUCCUGCAGGGAUCCCCUGAAAUGGGCUACGACGCCAUGCAGGGAGAGUACGUCAACAUGGUGGAGAAGGGCAUCAUCGACCCCACAAAGGUGGUGAGGACAGCACUGAUGGAUGCUGCUGGAGUAGCAUCUCUGCUCUCCACUGCUGAGGCUGUCGUCACAGAGCUCCCCAAGGAGGAGAAGGAAAUGCCGGGGCAUGGGAGGCAUGGGGGCAUGGGCGGUAUGGGGGGUGGAAUGGGUUUCUGAGCCACUCCUCCUGAUCUUUGUGUACAGACUCAAUCAGGAGCUUAGUGGAGCUGGAGAACUGCCCCCACUGAGCUCUGCCCACAGUGAUGGACGGACUGAUGACGAAGAUGUCAGAGAUGCAAAUGUUUGAUAAAUGCUCAAAAGACUUGAGAGCCCACCGAGUCCACCUGCUACACUAGAGUCCUCCUCCAACCUUUUCCAUUAGCACUUAACUCCUCGUCGAAUGCUCAACAGACUUAAACUAAUACCAGUGAAGAAGGAAAUUCAGCAGUGUUCAUAUUUGAGGAUGGUCCCGGUUUAUUUCUACCUGAUGUAUUUCCCAUGUGGGUCUUUAGGUCAUAAACUUUGUACUCACUACAUCCGUUGUAGGGAAACAAGGAGUUAAGCUUCUAAACUCAAGAACAUCUGGGUCUCCGUCCUCUUGUGUCCCUUCAUUGGCUGUCUCCUCUGAGUGAGAGCGGCCUUCUUCACAGUGGCCCAGCUGUACUCAGAAACACAGCUCUCACCUGCUCAUCGGGAGGCUGUGUUUCAGGUUUCAUGUUGGGUUCACUUGGGAUUGCUUUCCAUAAAUGGAGGGUAUGGAUUUUGCACAAGUCCAAUGUUCUUUGAAAGAUGGACGGCAGUUUAUCUGCAGUUUAGUGUGGCAACUCCUUGUUACCCUGAACCUCUACGGCACGAUCCAAAAGGGAAAUAAGCUGGGUGGAAUAAACUGUAACUAUCCUUAAAUGGACCACAGAGCCGCAGCAUCUGUCCUUCACUCUUGUCUUUUUUUUUUUUUUUUUUUGUAUGUGUUGUCUGUGAUUGACUUGAAUUCAUCUGUGAUUGAAUUAAAACAGUUUUCGUACAUACAUGGAGCCUUUCUCCAUCUUGUCUUGUUACAACUGGACAAAGAGUGCCUAAGUGACCAGAAGUGGAGGGUCAUCAGGAGCCCGUGUCGUCUGAAUGUUUACUGAGUCACGUUUCUGCAUCAGAGUGUACAGCUGAUUGUAUGUGAGGGGCUCGGGAUCCUUUGCUACGGAGUAGAUGUGAAAUCCUUCGUUUCCUCCAGCUUCAUCGUGGCACAGCACUCACAGAAGGCAACCGGAGAGUGAUCUUUGUCUUGCUACUUUAUUCCAAACAGCAGUGAUGGUUCCACUACUCUUGUGUAGAUGUUAAUUGUGAUUUCUUUUUUAAUUUUCAUUAAUAAACUCUUAUUCUGAUGUGCA